AUGCCUUCUGCUAUAGGUCAGAAUUUUAAACAAUACAAGUAUAAAGAAGAUGGCCACGACGCAUUGGAGUCUGGAGAUAUAGUAGAGGCCGAAGGAAGACGAGCACUAGCAGUGUUAUGGUCGACUGACAAAAUUUCAUUGCUAGGAAGCGAUAAUUUAGGCUUAAUAGAUCCAGAACAAGGAGAUUCCCAAGUCAAAGUAUCCAAAAUCAAAUCACAUAUGAACGACAAGUACGCAAAACAGAAAGUGAAAAGAAGUGUGCCUCUUAACAGUGAAGAAUUACUGACGGCCGUAGAAUGGGAUAAACGAAAGUUGUGA